AUGGAUCUCAAGGAGACUCGACUCUUCGCUGCCGUCCAUGACAUAUACCCUCUGAUCGACCCCGAAACAUACUUCACAUUGCAGACCUAUAAGGACAAGGUCGUCAUCAUUACCGGUGGCUCAAAGGGCAUCGGCGCCACUACGGCACUUUUCUAUGCCAAGGCCGGCGCAAGGCUCGUACUCGUCGCGCGUAACACCGCCGGUCUGAACGAGCGCAAGGAGACUUUGGAGCAAGAUGUCACUGGCGUCGAGGUUGUGUUAGUGGCAGGAGACAUAUCUGACCCUCAGAUCAGCAAGCAAGCUAUACAAGCUGCCGUGAAGAAGUGGGAUAGAAUAGACAUAGUCGUGUCCAACUCCGGUCUUGGCCAGGGAGGUGUAGAGAAGUUUCACGAGAGAGAUCCUUCGACCUGGUGGUACACGCAGGAGGUAAAUGUGCGAGGCACGCUGAACAUAGUGCACGCGGCGAUCCCCGAGCUUCUUAAGACGGCAGGUCAAGUGAUUGUUGUCUCCUCACAGCUCGCGCAUGUGCGCGUGCCCAUGAUGGCUGACUACAGCAUCAGCAAGCAUACGGUCAAUCGGCUGGUCGAAAUCCUCGCGCUUGAGUACGCGGACAUCUCAUUCUACUCUGUGCAUCCCGGCGCGAUCCCCACGCCAGGAUCAGCGGAUGUGGCCGAGCGGAUGGGCUUGCCAAAGGGCGCUGUCGAGCUGCCGGACACGGUCGGGCUGCCAGCCGCAACAUUCCUCUGGCUUACUUCUCGUCACGCCGAGUUCCUCAGUGGCCGAUAUGUGCAAGCCACCUGGGAUCUCAACGAAGUGAUUGCUAAGAAGGAAGAGAUUGUGCGGGGCAAUCUCCUUGUGAUGAAACUCGCGGGACCGGCACAGACCUGA